UUCUUGCUAAUGGGCAUAGUACUCAAAAUCCUAGGGAGUUUUGCCACUAGUUGAACCUUUACAUGCAAACCCACCUAUUCCUUCCGUAAUUUUAAUACUCCGCGGAUUAGAUAGUCACAUUGGGUGUUACUGUUUGAUUGAAUUCGAAUUUGAUGGGAGUCAGUUCUUCUAGUCCAUCUGGUGAAAUGAGUGGUGCAGUAACCAACGCAAUUCGACAGAGAAUUUCUCAAAACACUGUGGUUAUAUAUUCGAAAACGUAUUGCCCCUAUUGCACAAUGGCUAAAGAGGUUUUCGACAAAUUGCGCCAGCCUUAUGAUCUUAUUGAGUUAGACCAGGUACAAGACAGUGAACAAAUUCAGGAUGCUCUUGGAAAGAUGACAGGAACCCGAACUGUUCCGAGGGUGUUCAUUAAAGGCCAAUGUAUUGGAGGUGGAACUGAUACCCAAAGUCUAUACAAGCAAGGAAAGCUUCAAGAAAUGCUGAAGUAGAUGUUCGGCUGGUUCAUCUUUUGGUAUUGUGGUGUCAAUACAUGCCAUAUUGUCUUAUGUGGUUAGCUUUUUCAAAAUGUUAGUUUGCUUUGAUGCAAAAUUAACAUAUCUGUCAAUUGCAAACCAAAUCUACUAUUCUUUAUCAAUUA